AGAAGUUAGUUAAGAAAUACCACGGUAACCAAUCAACGUCUCGCUUGCCGCCACUGGCUGGCGUAGAAAAUAUCGCCUUGCUGAUUGGUUCCUGCUCGCUGCUUGACGCUUGACGCGUCUGAAUCAGCCUUUAGAUCCAAGUAAACGCAGCUGAAUUCAGUUGUAGUAUUUAGGUUUGUAUAGACAUAUAACCUCUAACGUGUAUUUGAUUAUAUUUUGUUAAGCGCAAGAAGUGAAGCAAAAUUCAAACAUAAGUUUAUGUUUUGAUUUAUUAAAUUUAUUAUUUUUAUCAAACAAUUGUUAAGUUCGUAUUACUUGCAACAAUAUAAAUAUAGGACAAAUUGUGUAUAUACUUGUGUACACAAUCUAGCAGAAGGAAGCAAAAAUGCUUACAGAUGUAAAUAAUAAAUCAGAAAUUAAGUAAUUAUAAAAUAACUAAAAAUCCAUUAUCAUACACGCAUACACGUAUGUUGUGAAGCAAUUAUUACGUAUCACUGUAUCAUUAUGAGUGAGAGUGCAGAAACGCAAAGUAAGGAUAGUGCGGUGUCUGUGAUAACUGAGCAGGAACGUGAAUUGGCUCAAAAUGCAUUGUUGGAAUUUCAAAAAGGCUCCUAUGCAUCAUGUUUGUUAUAUUUAAAUAAAUUGGAGAGUCUUCGGCCCAUGGAUCUGAAGGUUACGCAUAACAAAGUGUUGUGGAAUAUUAUAAAAGUGAUCUGAAGAAAACUGAAUUGAUGCAAAAGAGCUUGAAUGCAAUAUGCGGUCAAAUAUCAACGAUGGAUUCUAGUGAGGCUAUUGACGAUGUCGAGAAAUGCAUCAUGAGGUACAACCAAGCUGUCCUGCUGUAUCAUACUAAGCAAUAUAACACUGCUCUUCGAGUGAUGAAUAAAUUUUUUGCCUUCAUCGAGCCGAUGGAUAAAUGUUGGGAAUGAGGAGGAUUGUGAAAACUAGGAACUGCUAUCUUCAAUAUUGCUGGACUAACGUUAUUUUCGUCAUUCGACAUGCGAUAUCCGAUAUUCAUGAUAACAAUAACAAUGAAAUGACAGAAAAUAGUAUUUUAAUCAAAAUAUUAUUAUAUUUAUAAGUAUAAUUUGGUCUCAUAUUAAACUACUUAAAAAAAUAACGGAAAAAGUAGCAAAUAUUACUUCUUAAGUAGUGAUAACUGUAACUAUAUUGUAUUCACUUUUUAAAAUGUAUAGUAAUUAUAACGAGUUAUUUUUUUUAUAGAGUAACUUUCUCAACUCUGAUUAUAAUCAACAAUUAUAUGUGUUACUUAAUAGAAUAUAAGAUAAAUUAUUAUACUAUA